AUGAUUGUUCUAGUGUAUGUUUCAAUAAAAGAAUCAAAGAAUGCUGCUAUCAAAAAGAAGACCUCGUCUGAAAAGUUUAAUACCCUAAAAGGUGAACCCUAUUUGAAUAAUCCUGUUGAAAUUAUGAAUAUUGUUAAACCCAACCCCAGUGGGAAUAAAUACGAUCUUGCAUCUGUUCUAACAUCUAGUAUACCCCAGGCUGAACACCCUAUUGGUUCAGUUGUGGAUGCUCCUAUUUUUGAUGUUUUUCUGAACAACAUAUUGGAUGGGAAUAAAGACUCAGACUCUUCUAAAGACCAAACCGUUGAGAAUGAUCAGAAUGAAGAACAUGAAGCUCAAGGAGAAAAGAAUGUAAAGGUUGAAGUUCUAAGUAAGAAAUCUGAUGGAAACAAUGAAGUGAGUGGUGAGGAUUCUCAUGGUGGAAAAGAUAAUGGACAAAAGGAUAGGAAUUUUGAAAUAAAUGAGAAUAAUAACAUCCAUAUUGUCCAUAUAAUGAAGAGUCUCAUUAAAAGAGUGACUAGACCUCAAGACAAGGAAACUCAAGUGAAGGUUAAAGAGGUGGUUGAUGUCGAGGAAGAAAACAAAACAAAUGAAGAACUUGCUAUGAAAAUAAUGUCUAGAACUCUAUCUGAUGAAUUAAAAGAGAAAAAGAAAAGGGAACUCCUCAACAGAGAAAAAUCAAAGAGACUGCCACUAAAAGACAAUCUCUUAAGAAGAAGCUUGUAG